UAUAUAAUGUUAACGAAUUAUAGAUCUUUAAAUUGUUCUUAUUUUAUAUAUUAAAAUUUAUAAUUUAAACUAAAUCACGUAUUAACGGUUAAUACGAAAAAAAAAAGUUCGAUUUCCCGCGCUCGUAACUAAUAUCACGCUCGCGCCAUUUUCAUCCAAGCGAUGAAAUUCGAUGAAAUCUAUUUCUGUGGACUCCAGGAACAUCACCAUCUUAGAAAGUUAGAAUCUCGACGAGAGUCAAAUGAUUCUAUAACGUCCUACCAUUCGUAAUGUCGAUAAUAAUAAAACGUUCGAUAUUACUUUUAUAUAUUUUUGUGUUGUAUUCGAUUAUCGUUAGUGCAAUUGUACCAGUUUCGAAAAAUGUUGAAAUCGAAAGCAAUGUUAGAGACGAUAAUAAUAUUAUCGAAACGCAAUAUGCAGUUUGUAAAAUUUCAACGGAGGAAUUAGUCGCAAACGCACAUGCUACCGUAACAAAAGUUCUCACAGGAGCCUGCAAUGCAAAAACAGUAGAAGCGAGAUUUGAAAAAUUAGAAAAAAAUUUAUCCGACGAAUUACAGGAGAUCAAGAUACUUCUUCGUACAUUAAUGGAACAACGUGAUACUUCUUCAAAAAUCAAUGAUACGAUUUAUCGAAAUAACAAACAAAACGUUAAAUCUAAUUACAAGAUUUUUUACAACAAUCAUAAUAUAUCUCCAAGGCAAAAUGAAAUCAAUGAAUUUAAUUAUACGAUCAAAACGGAAUCAUUGAAUAAAUCCUUAAACGUUUUUACGUAUUAUUGGGAAAUUAGGGGUUUCGAAGAGAAACUUACGAAAUGGGAUAGGACACGUUUCGAACGUAGCUCAACCUUUUACGUGGGUCAACCUGGAUACGCGAUGUAUUUAAAAAUUGUACCGAAAUAUUUUCCAGAUGGUACAGUGUUUAUAAGCGUUGGUUUAACGAGUGGUCAAUACGAUUCAUUCGUUAAAUGGCCGUUCUCUUAUAAAAUCCAAUUGUCGAUUUUAGAUCAGUCAUUAGAAAAAUUGAAAGAGGAUAGACCUUCUCGUAUUUGGGAUCCAACUGCACUUUGUACAGAAUAUUUUUGGAAACGUCCUACAUCGAUUGGUGAAACGGAUAAUCCAGAAUGUGUUGGUUUAAGUAUCCCAAGAAAUGUUAUACUCUCUAGAUUACCUUUGAUUUUUCGUACUGAUACAAGUCAUUCUCGAUAUAUUUGGAACGACAGUAUAUUAGUGAAACUUGUUAUCUAUUUUUAAGUAUUAUCGAUCUUUAAAUGUCAAUUGAAAUGACGUGGAAAAAAAAACAAAAAAAAAAACAAAACAAAACAAAAGAAAAACAAAACAAAAAAAAAGAAAAAAGAAGAAAAAAGAGAAAAAUCCAAUGUCUCGUUUUACAACAUGAAAUUCGUUUAUUAUAAUUUCUUUUACAGAUAUAACACAAUUUUUUUUUUUUGUGGCGUAAAGCAUCAAAAUUAAUUAUAAUAUAAAAACGGUAAAAACAUAUUAUCAAUUAUAUUCAUAUUUACGCGAUAUGAAUCAAUAGAUAUCGAAAUGACGCUGCGAUGACAUUAAAAACGUCAUCGUAGUUGAUAUCACAAUAUUAAAAUAAUAUAUAAAUAGAAUAAAUUAAAUCAUCGCUUUUGAUCGA